GGAGGGCUGGAUGAGAAGAUGACUCAUGCUAAGAAUGGCCUGCAAAUACCCUGAUUCCUCAGGGCUCGCGUUUAACUGUUCACCUGCUGCACACAGUUUGCCACAGAUCGUGCCUUGCAAACGGGCACAGAUUUGUCUCAAGUAGGAGCAGGAACAAUGACAAUGUCAUAACUGGCUAUUAUAGCUAAUAUAUGAAUAGCGUACAUCCUCUUUUCCCAGUGCCAGAGAUGUCAGGGAGAAUGAUCCAAGCAAAGAAAGGUUCAGGUGUUUCAACCCUGCAUGCUUUCUACCUGCUACCUACAUACUUGGCUUUCUUAACGUCUUAAAUCCCCUAUAUUUUUAACAGUUACUUUGCCUCCAGGCCUCUUGACUGGCACUGUUAUGUUCACCUGGCAAGGUCUUGGAGUAGGUGGAAAGGCACAGGCUCCAAUGUCACGGGGAGGAAACAUUACCCUGCCACUGCCCCAGGUUAGGUUUUGGAGGGGGCAAGCAACACACCCUGACCUUCAUGAGACCACAGGCUGUUCUAGACAGCCGAGGCAGCCAAGAGUUAAAAUGACAGCAUUACUCCCUGUAGCUUUAGCUAGGUAGCCCAGGAACAAAAUCGCAGCGCAGGCACCUUUUUCCCGCAGCCUUCAAACCUUGAGUGCUUGCUUUUAGUUUUCAAACUAGUCCUUACUACCCUGCCUGGACAUUGCUGCUUAUAAUUGCAUUUGCAAACGCUCACAAGUAAGCCGCUCACAGCUCGAUGUGGCCUUACAGAUUUAAGGCCUGCACUCCCAAGUGUUGUUAAGCUUACUGCUUAGGGCUUCUUUUUGCAGUACAGGUUUUGUGUUUUGUUUCAGGUUUUUUGCUGCACGGAUAGUUCACAUCCACCCUGCAAGCAUGUGCCUUGUACAGAGUACUCACGGCGGGGAAACGUGGCCAUUUCAUCAAUGACAAGCAUUGAUGCAGAAUGUAAUAAUGGGAUUAAUUCCAUUUCAUUAACAGAGUGGUGAACAUAAAUGCCAUACUUAAUUUUAUUAAAUAGCUCACAUGGGGCUACUCAGUUAUCAAUGACUGUCCUGGGAUUUCAUUAAGUUUUAAAGCUGUUAUUUAAUGGAUCGAUUUCAGUUGAAACAUUUUCAUUAACUUGCAAUCCUUUGUAGUUGCAUAAUUAUUAAUUGCCAUGCAAACACCCCCUUCUGUGUUUGUCCUCAUCUUAAAAAAAAAAAAAAAAAAAUGCUCAGUGGUUUGUUGCAAAGAGUAUUGGAAUAACUGAUGUAUAGGGGAUGGUUAUUGUAAAUAAGGGUCUCCUUUUUGCUGUUGAGUACUAGAAGACCUUCUAUGAAGUGGGGAAAAAUUUGGUCCUCACCCUACCAAAGUUAAUGUUUUGCCAGAUCCAAUAUAGUUACACUCCCAAACAGUUUUAAUCUGCAUCCAUCAGCUUUGAGGAAGUUAAUAAUUAUCAAUGGUAACGCAGUUUUUGCUUUGAGAGCACAAUGCCUUUUUCAACCAACGCUGUUCCUGAAUGGCAUGCUCUAAACCCGGCACAGUGCUGAUACUGUAUUAUGCACUAUCCUGUUUUAUUAGACGCACUUGAGGCUCUGAGCCAACUUAAUUAAGUAAAUUUUCAGAAAUGUGAAAAUUUAUCUUCCUUUUACUCUUUUUUUUCCCCCAGGGGGAUAUGAAACCUUUUACUCGCAAUAUCCUGAGUGCUGUGUGGACGUAAAACUCGUUUCCUCCGAGAGAAAUGAAAUGGAGAGAAACCUCAACAGCCACUGUGAGAAGCAGAGCGUCAACCACAAGCCGGCUUAUGAUCAGGGUGGUCCGGUGGAAAUCCUGCCUUUCCUUUACCUUGGCAGUGCCUACCAUGCUUCCAAGUGUGAGUUCCUAGCCAACCUGCGCAUCACAGCCUUGCUCAAUGUCUCCAGGAAGAGUUCAGAGUCCUUUAAAGACCAGUAUUGCUAUAAGUGGAUCCCAGUAGAGGACAGCCACACAGCGGACAUCAGCUCUCACUUCCAGGAAGCCAUAGAUUUCAUCGACUGUGUGAGGCGGGCUGGAGGCAAGAUCCUAGUGCACUGCGAAGCGGGGAUCUCGCGCUCCCCCACCAUCUGCAUGGCUUAUCUCAUGAAAAUGAAGAAGUUCCGCCUGGAGGAGGCCUUCGAUUACAUCAAGCAACGCAGGAGUUUAAUCUCCCCCAACUUUGGUUUCAUGGGCCAGCUACUGCAGUACGAGUCAGAGAUCCUGUCUUCCACUCCCAGCCCUCCUGUCGCCUCGUGUAAACGAGACGCUGUGUCUUUCUUUGCAGAAGAACUGACUUUAAGCAAAAACUUUGAAGGCUCCUGUUACACAUUUCCUACCUCAGUCUUGAGCUCUGUGCCCAUCCAUUCUCCCGUCCAUCAGAUCAAGCUCAGCCCGAUCACUGCCUCUUCAUCCUGCUGAAAUCCUCUUGGAGAAACGCAAGCCAAUGCAGUCCUCUGACACCAACUGUGACUCGAAGAGAAGCAUUUCAUGGACGUGCAAUACAGAAAGCCUCAUGGACUUGGCAGCCAGAAUGGCCGUUCUGCUUUAGACUAAGAUGUGAGUAUAGAUGCUGGUUACACAGAGCUGUACGCAGGGCAGGCUUUCAAGAGAUUUCACUCACACCUUUCUUUUUUUAAACACGUGACUUUUCUUUUUACCUUGAAGUGUGCGCUCACUACUGUCCUCCUGGGCCCUCUGGAACCGUGAAGGGGCCAGACCCAGGCGACUUGCUCUCUGUUCCUGUCUCCUCUUAAAUGUUAUUUUAAGAAGCCUUGUUUUAAAGUUUAAGCAAUAAACAGCUGCAUCAGGAAAGAGAGCAACUGGAAAAGCACAAUGCCAGGUGGCAACAACUCGCCUAUCUGUUUUGCUUUUGCUCGGGUCGCUUUUUGUUCCCACACUUGGAGGAAUGAGCUGAGCAGGGGCCGAGGUCAAGAAGAAGCUGAUCUGUUAUUGGGCAGACGGAGGCAUGGCAGGGGGUUUUCACCUUUCUCAGAUGUACUGGGCAUUGGCCUUUCUGGGGCUGUUUAGGUGUGGCAUUUCCUGCACGCGCCUUUGUGCUGGGUGUACCCAAAGCAAAGAGCCAGGGACGGUCGGUGAAGUGAUCAGGCCAUCCUGCUGAGCCGAUGUGCUCCCACCUGCUGUUACUUAAGGACUGCCCUAGAAUACUUGAAUGUCUACCCACCCCUGGUCUCAGUGACUCUUCCAUCAAUUGAAACUGUAACCGCUGGAUUUUAGACCAAAAAACUUCCCCCGUCCAAACCAACCAGGAGCCCAUCCUCCUUUGAAGUGUUACCAGUUUGUACUGUGUGUAGCAAAGUGGUCUUGCUAAGUGUUACGUGGCUUGCUAUUGUAAGUAUGGUCACUUCCACCCAGUGUUCCUGCAGCUGAAACGGUUUCAUUUCUUCCCUGGGCGACUGACUCUUCCUCCCUUUUUGCGUCAUGUUCUUGUGUCUGCAGGGAGUUCCAGAUGUGCUGCUGCUUUGUCUGUUGACCUUUUUAUUAUAAUAUUAUUAUUAUUAUUAUUAUUAUUAUUUUUUACCUAUGGGAAAUGGCAAUAAUUUCCUGAAGAUCUCCUGAAUGUGAAAGAAAAACUGAAAUGUUUUUACGGAGUGUGAAUUAAUAAAGAAACAAAUGUUGA